UGACAUUAGUGAUGCUGCAGAGGAAGCGUAUUCAAAUUACGCUGGAGUGUGGGACGACUGUUACUAUUUGUAUAAUAGUUAACAAGAGUCUUCUGGAUCGCAGUCGUUCGUCUAGCUGCUCCCAGCAUGCACACGCGGCUCUUUAUCCUGCGCCCGCUCGCGGUCAUGUUCGUUGUGAUGCUGAUGACAAAAGCUGAGCUCGCCGGCGGCUCUAAAAUUCUGGCCGUAACUCCAAUGGUGUCGCCGAGUCACGGAAUUUGGAACAGGUGCCUUCUGGAGGCAUUGGCGGAAAAGGGACACCAGGUGACUGUGCUCUCUCCGUUUUCUGCUCAAAACAAGACAGGAAUCAGCUUUUAUAAUAUUGGAGGUCACUUCGACGCCAGUGUGACCCUUAGUUUCGCUCAACUCGGUGUCAAAGAGCAGACAGAUAAAAUUUGGCAGCGUGCGUUUGAGAUCAGCCGAGUGCAAGUCAAAAGUGAUGUUGUGAAACGAUUUUUGGUCGACAGAGAGCAUCGUUUCGAUUUGAUUAUACUCGAGAUGCACUACAGCGAAAGCUUUUUGAGUAUGCUUACUGGAUUUGGAGUGCCCAUCGUUGCGAUUAAUGCGUUCGGCGACGGGCAAUGGAACUGGCAAAUGAUCGGCGCUGAAAACUACCCUUCAGUGUUCGCUCAGCCCGUUUUUUCAUUUAGCACGCCAAUGAAGUUUCUUGAUCGCUUUAUCAAUUUUAUUUGUCUUUACUACGAAAAAUACUUGUACAACGAGUAUUUAAAGAAGCAACAAUCGCUGGCCAAUGAAGUGUUUGGGAGUAUUGCUGAAAAAAUCGAGGAGGCAGUGAAAAAAAUUGACUUUUUUCUUAUGAACUCUGGUCCUCAAGGUUUCGACUUGGCGAGGAUUUUGCCUCCAAAUGCAAAGGAAGUCGGUUGUUUGCAAUGUAGAUCAAGCAAUGUAGCUAAUCUACAAGUGAGCGUAAGAGAUUUUGUGGACAGCGCUGAAGAGGGAUUUAUCUACAUGAGCCUUGGUACAAAUGUUAAAAGCAGGCCUGCUUCCCAAAGAAACAAUUAAUAGCAUAUUGCUAGUUCUUGGCAAUCUCAAACUGAAGGUUUUGUGGAAAUUUGAAGAGGACAAUUUGCCUGGCAAGCCUGACAACGUCAUGAUCAGGAAGUGGCUCUCACAGCAAGACAUUCUCGGCCACAAAAACAUCCGGCUGUUCAUUUCGCACGGCGGCCGCCUCAGCAUCCACGAAGCCGUGCACCAUGGAGUGCCUUUGGUGGUUAUUCCGUUUUACAUUGACCAACACAAAAAUGCCGAAACGGUGGUGCGAAUUGGCAUAGGUGUGCGAGUCAGCUAUUUAGAUUUCACGAGAGACAGUUUCGAAGGCGCAAUUUUUAAUGUUUUAAGCGAAGAAAGUUUUAAGGAAAAAGCUCUGAGGGCGUCAGCAGUGGCUCGAGACCGAAUGAGCAGUCCGCUGGAAGAAGCCGUUUUUUGGGUAGAGCACGUCAUUCGCAACAAUGGUUCAAAGUAUCUCCAGCCUGCUAGUGCGCACUUCAGUUUCAUUCAACUGCACUCACUCGAUGUUAUUGCACUCCUUCUUGCGUUUGUUGUAGUAAUAAUCUUCAUGUGGACCAAGAUCUUGUCUUUCCUUACAAAAUGCAUUUUUAAAAAUAUUAAAGAAAAAUUAAAUUAAAAAUU